GGCAGUGACGCGGUGCCUAGUGUUUCCGGGCAACUUCGCAGAGAAGGGACUGUAUACCUCUAGCGAAUUAUUUUUCAGCACUAAACAACGAUACAUACGUUGGCUACAGUUACUUUGACAGCCACGAGGGGGACAUUGACUAUUUAGUCAUUCAUAUUUUCCAAGUUCGAAGACAAAACAUAAUACAAUGGCUGACCAACUGACCGAGGAGCAGAUUGCUGAGUUCAAGGAGGCCUUCUCACUGUUCGACAAGGAUGGCGAUGGCACCAUCACCACCAAGGAGCUGGGCACUGUCAUGCGCUCUCUGGGACAGAACCCUACUGAGGCAGAACUACAGGACAUGAUCAACGAGGUGGACGCUGAUGGUAACGGGACGAUUGACUUCCCAGAGUUCCUGACAAUGAUGGCGAGGAAGAUGAAGGACACAGACAGCGAGGAGGAGAUCAGAGAAGCCUUCAGAGUCUUUGAUAAGGAUGGGAACGGCUAUAUCAGCGCGGCAGAGCUGCGGCACGUCAUGACCAACCUCGGGGAGAAGCUCACAGACGAGGAGGUGGACGAGAUGAUCCGCGAGGCCGAUAUUGACGGAGACGGACAGGUCAACUAUGAGGAGUUUGUGCAGAUGAUGACAGCCAAGUGAAGUAGACUGUGCUCUCACACAUUUCUCUCUCUUACAUUGCUUGUCCUCCGAAGAUCACUCUGUCUUUAAGAAAA